UCCGGUGGUUGACCUCCGACUCCAACGACCAAUCAGCGUCCGAUCUUAGAAGCAGUCGCCAAUCAACGCAGAGUGCUCCUCGUCGAGCGGACCAGAUCGGGUAUCGACACUGCCCUGCAGGUCCUGACGGCCGGCCGUGGGACGGUUCCGAUUCUGAGUACGGAAUGGCGAACGUGCUGUUGAAGCUGGCCGGCGGUCCUCGUACUUUCACGCGUCUCCGCCCCACGUUCUAUAAUCUUCCAGGUUCUUCUUUGAUUCCGGAAGUCCAAACGAACCUCUUCCACGCUCACGCCGCGCUACUGAACUCCAAUCGAUCGUCGGUGGUCCGCUGCGGCCGGCAGAAAUACGAGAGGCAGUACCCGGUGAUGCUGGUCCGGCCGGACGGGUCUACCAUCAACAUCCGGUACAAAGAACCCAGACGGAUCCUGCAGAUGCCGAUAAACGUGCUGGCUCUGUCUGAAGAGGAGCGCCGGAGCCGGCAGAAGAAGAAGGAAGUGAGGGCGCCCAAAAGCCGCACAGCCGGGGUGCAAGAGGAUGAUUUCAGGGUGGAGCGUUACAGCCACCUGUGGAAGAAGAAGUGACGCACCUGAACGCAGCAUCGAGGGAGAACUCCAACACAGAGACUGUGACGUGUUCAGGGACUCCACAAAAAACAAAUAAACUUGAGAACUGAUC